AUGACGAUAUUCAUCGUUUCUCUCUUUCUGCCGCACACGAUCGACUUUGCGCUGCCGGAAGGCUUCCAGCGCAAGGCCUCUCAUCACCACCGCCGCAAGAGCUCCGGCCAGAGACCUACGCUCUUUGGCCGCUUACCAGGCAGCCAAACAGCCACUCCUACGUCGGUGUCGGCGUCGACGACUGCGUCAGCGUCUGCUACUGCAUCGAGUCCGGCACCCGGAUCGGCCGUGGCAGGCCGUCGACCGUCCAACUUAAGGGAUCAAGGCCGCAUCUUCUCCUGUCCGGACUACUCCAGCUCCGGUGUAGACGUUGACUCCCAGCAGCCACGGCUUCUGGCACCCAGUGACCCCCACUCGCCUCGCUGGGGUUCUCCGGGGGCGUUUAACCAGCCCAAAGCCCAGGCUCUUGCACCUCCGUCAUCCUCCAUCCUCAACCAUGCAUUGGGCCAGGAGUCUGCUUCGGAGCUGUCAAGGACCGAACCGGCAGUUUUACCUCCUUCGCCGGUACGGCCAUCUGUAGAGGCCGGGCCCCAGCUAAGCCAGGAGAAAGUAUUUGAGGGUGCAGAAUGGACGGUCCAGCCUUCAGAACAAGGAAACGGUGGUCUGUUGAACGCAAUACGCUCAGCUGUUGAUUGGCCAUAUAUGAAAGACAAGCUAUGGGUCGGCACACUGGGGAUGCCCACCGAUGCAUUGCACGAGAAGCAGAAGGAAGCUAUUGCUGAAAAGUUGGCAGCCGACUAUGAGGCAUUGACCAUAUUUGUCUCGGAUAAUGACUUCGACAGCCACUAUUCACACUUUUGCAAAAUGAUCCUCUGGCCGGUGUUCCAUUAUCAAAUUCCGGAUAACCCCAAGAGCAAGGCUUACGAAGACCAUUCAUGGAUAUUCUACCGUCGUGUCAACUACAAUUUUGCAAAGGAGCUGAUCAAAAACUGGAAAAGGGGAGACGUGAUAUGGGUACACGAUUACCAUCUCCUCCUGGUACCCGCCAUGGUGAGAAAGGAAAUACCCGAUGCACAGAUAGGCAUCUUUCUUCAUGUCGCUUUCCCCUCCUCAGAGGUGUUCAGGUGCCUCUCCGUCCGGAUGGAGUUGCUCAAGGGGAUGCUCGGUGCAAACCUGAUCGGUUUCCAGACGCAAGAGUACUGUCACCAUUUCUUGCAAACUUGUAGUCGCUUGCUCAACGUCGAGGCUACAAAGGAUGGUGUACAGCUAGAGGAUAGAUUCGUCAAUGUCGGCACAUUCCCCAUUGGAAUUGAUCCCGUCUCACUCGACAUCCGGCGACAGUGCGGAGAAGUCAAGUCGUGGAUAAACAUUCUACAGGAUAAGUUUAAAGGCAAAAGGCUCAUUGUUGCUAGAGAUAAACUAGACAACGUCAGGGGAGUACGCCAGAAGCUCCUGGCGUAUGAACUGUUCCUCAACAAGUACCCUCAUUGGAGAGAUUCAGUCGUCCUCAUACAGGUUGCAUCUACUACUACGGAACAGCCAGAACUAGAAGCCUCCGUUUCUGACAUCGCCACCCGUAUCAACUCGGUACACUCCAACCUCGCUCACCAGCCGCUUAUUUUCCACAAACAAGACCUCCUUUUUGAUCAAUAUCUUGCUCUUAUAUCCGUUGCAGAUGUUUUCAUGGUCACCAGCCUGCGUGAAGGAAUGAAUCUCACCAGCCAUGAGUUCAUCCACUGCCAGGAUGGCAUGCUUUCGUCGUCUAAACACGGACCGCUGAUUCUCAGUGAAUUUACGGGGAGUGCAUCUAUUUUCAAUUACCAUCCUCUGCUUGUCAACCCAUGGAAUUAUCAAGAAUGUGCAGAUGCAAUAAACACAGCUCUCGAAAUGUCUCCUGAGACCCGUCUAGCGCAAUGGACUCGUCUCAAUACAACCGCAAAGGACCACGUCACCACCCGAUGGGUAAACAACUUCACGGAGGCGCUUGACCAUGCAUACCGCCAACAUUCAACUCGUGAAACCGUUGCAGUGCCCCGGCUGUCAAUUCCUAAUCUUUGUGAUGCCUACCGUACAUCUAGCCGCCGUCUCUUCCUCCUAGAUUACGAAGGCACCCUGGUCAGCUGGGGUCAACCGACAAAUACAGUCCUCACAACUCCUCAGCGAGCCAUCGAUACCCUGACGGACCUACUCGAGGACCCCUUUAACACAGUCUACGUAAUGUCCUCACGCAUGCCAGAAGACAUGGAACGCCUCUUCAGCCGCGUUCCAGGUCUUGGCCUAAUAGCAGAAAACGGAUGCUUUGUGCGGCCGCCUCCCAUAAUAUCCCCAUCGCCCUCUCCGCCAACAGCAGGCACGUUUGUAACCUCAAAUUGGAUCCGUCUCAUCGACAUGUCCAAGAUGAAUGACUGGAAGCUAUCUCUUUCCCCCAUGCUUCGUUACUUCCAGGAACGUACAGAAGGUAGCUGGAUCGAAGAAACACACGCAUCACUUAUCUUUCAUUAUGAACGAGCGGAAGAUACCGAAAGUGCAGAACGCCACGCUUCCGAAUGCGCAAAUAACGUCAACGACAGUUGCGGCAACCAUAGUCUGAGAGCAAUUCAGAUGGACGGCUGCGUCGUUGCCGGGCCGGUGGAGCCAAACAAAGGUACUGCUGCUAACGUGGUGUUUUCCGCAUAUGCGAGAAGAGAGUCACAUAGAAGCUCUAGUGCCGGUAGUACAAGCAGUGUCAAGCACGGGAUGGCUAUAGACUGGAAGAGCGAGACAGAUGAAAAUGAUGAAGAUGUACCGGACUUUAUUCUUGUGAUUGGCGAUGGAAGAGACGAUGAGCCUGCAUUCAGAUGGGCGAAUGAACUUGGCAAAGAAAAGAAGGUGAAGAAUGUCAUGACUGUUACGUUGGGAACGAAGAACACAGAGGCCAUGGCCACUCUGAAUCAAGGCGUUACAGGAGCAUUGUCAUGUCUAGGAAAAUUGGUUGACAUAUCGCAGCGGAGGGAUUCGGCGUCACUCGCUCAGAAACUGUCUUAUAUUCCAGCAUCAAACGGAGAGUGA